AUGCCUGAAGAAACAGAAAUUAACAAUGGGAUAACAGAGAAUAAAACUGUUGAAACAACAGAAUUAAUAAAGGAAAAUGUGAUUGUUUCAGAGAAAGAAAUUAAAACUUAUAAAUGUGUAACUCUUGGAGCAUUUGGUGGUUCAAAACAUAUUAGAAUAGAUAUGAAUGAAGUGAAAUCAGUAGGAAAAAAUGAAGUUGCUAUUGAUGUACAAGCAUGCGGUAUCAACUUUCUUGACAUAAUGACAAGACAAGGUCUUAUUGAUCAAGCAAUGAAACCUCCAUUCAUUUUGGGAUCUGAAUGUACUGGAAUUAUUAGUGAAGUCGGUGAAAAAGUAACAACUUAUAAGGUUGGUGAUCCAGUUAUAGUUCUACUUGAUAAUGGUGCUUGGAGUGAACGUCUUAUAUUACCAAUUAUAGAAAAAGCUAAUACUAAUCAAACAAAUUCAACAACACAAUCUGGAGAUGUUGAAUGUACGGAAUCAAAUGAUAUUGGAAAGAUCAAGUCAAUUAUACUACCAAGACCAAAAACAUUAGAUGUUAAUAAAGCUGCAAUUAUUAGCUUUGCUUAUAUUCCAGCUUAUAUAUUAACCUAUCAUAUACUUAAUGUUCAUUCUGGUGAUGUAGUUUUGAUAUUUUCAGCUGGCGGUGGAGUAGGAACUGCUUUAGGACAAUUAAUGAAACUUAUACCAAAUGUAACUUUAAUUGGUAUUGCUUCCAAGGCAAAACAUGAAAAGUUGACAAAAAUCUAUGAUAUUUUGUUAGAACCUGAUCAAGAUUGUGUAACAGAAAUUAAAAAACUUUAUCCUAAUGGAAUUGAUGCAAUUUUGGAUUGUAUUAGUGGACCAGAUACAAACAAAUUAUAUGGUAUAUUAAAACCAUUAGGAAAGCAUAUCAUUUAUGGUAUGUCAAACUUAGUCACUGGAGACAGGAAAAACUUUUUAAACUUAGCAAAACAUUGGUUUCAUAUAGAACGUAUUAAUCCGUUGAAAUUACACGAUGAAAAUUUACUGUUAGGUGGAUUUUCAUUAAAAUCACUUCUCUUCUCUCGUGAUCCUAAUCAAACAGAAACGAAUAAAUUAAUUAUUGACGUAUGGAAUGAAUUAACAAAAUUAAUCGACAGUCAAAAAAUUGAUCCAAUAGUUGAUAGUCAGUGGUAUUUAGAUGAGACUAAAGAGGCUAUGAUGCGUUUACAAGAAAGGAAGAAUAUCGGUAAAGUUGUUUUAAUCCCUAAAUUGAAGGAAAAGGAUGCUGAAGAAGCGGUUGAAAAUACUGAGAAGCCGACAACAGAUGAAACAUCAACAAAUUCAACAGCUAAAUAG